GCCGGGCUGAACCCUGGCCUGGAGCACAUGUGCGUGUGAGUCCCGGGUAUUAAUAACAUAAUAUACACACAUUCAUUAUUUAGCUGGACCAUUUAGUUAAUGGUCAGUCAGUCGUUGGUCGUCUGCCGAAAGGAUCGCAACCCCCUUGGGAUCUGCCUCUGGGAAACCUUUUUUCCGGAAACUUCUGGAGCGGGUAUUCGCACGCGCAAGUGUUGGAAAAUAUUUGGGGAAAUUUUGGUGUGAAGAAAAGUUGGUGAAAGAUUUUCGGUAAAAUCAACCAAGUGCCAUCCAAGGAUUAAGGAUCUUCAAGUGCCUGAAAAAAAAAACGAAACAAAUUGUAAAAAAAAAACACAAGAAGUUCUUUGAGAAGGAAAGAAUCUUAUUGUAACGACAAAGGAUAACGACAAGAAUUCGAUUAAAGUGCCUAAACGAAGUUUCAUCAAAGUGAAUAAAAAUAUAAUCAAAGUAGUGAUCAACUCAAGAAGAGCAGGAAAAACAUAAUCGAUGUUGGGAUUCGUCGUAAAUUGAAAAUUACUAUCAUCUCGGGAGGCAACUGAUUUCCCGCCGCAGGAAGGAAGAAUUAUUGCCGACACACAGUGUGUGUUCGUGUGUGAUCGAGUGAAUCAAACGAAGAAUAAAAUAAGCAAACACAAGAAAAAACCGAUGAUUUGGGUGUAAUUUGCAAAGAAUAACGUGUAUUUGUGAGAUUUGGCGAGGAAGGAUAUUUUACUCCGCGUGGAUUAAUUCUAAUCCUGACUGGAACUUGCUUGCUGGAAGCGUUUUGCAGCGAAUUUGGCUCUGGAGAUCGAGAACGGUGGAUGAUUUAUCAGGCAGAUUAAUUAGAUAAUGCUGGCUGCCGAAACUGGACCCGCCGCUCCAAAUGAGCGUUUAUGAGCUAAACUUAGCAGCGUAGAGGUCCAAUCCCAAACCCCCAUCUCCUUCUUCGAAACCAGUUUUAUGGACGACUUUCGACGAUAGCAUCGCUUCUUUUUAACUAGCAGCAAUAUGAGAUAUUUACAAAUUAUAGUAUUUAUAGUAGCGCACCAAAUUAGUUUAUCCUAUUCAAGACGGUUUUACGUCCGCCACAAACGGCAAUAUGGCAGUAAUCUGUACCUCCCGGAGAGUUACAUAAUUCCAGGCGAUGGCACUGGCGGCGGUGGAGGAGGUGGCGGCGGCGGCGGUGAGGACGACGACCAGUGGGGACCCUGGAGUGCCCCGUCCGAGUGCUCGCGGACCUGCGGUGGCGGAGUGGCCCACCAGACGCGCGAGUGCUACAAUCUAGGUCCAGAUGGUCAGUCCCGGUGUCGAGGGGGAAGUCGAAAGUAUUUCUCCUGCAACAUUCAGGACUGUCCGGAAGGUGAGCGAGACUUCCGCAAGCAGCAAUGCUCGGAGUACAACGACGUGCCAUUCGAGGGCCACCGUUACCAGUGGGUACCGUACACAAAGGCCCCCAACCCGUGCGAGCUGAACUGCAUGCCCAUUGGGGAGCGAUUCUACUACCGCCACAAGGCCAAGGUCACGGAUGGAACGCGCUGCAACGACGAGUCGUUCGAUGUCUGCGUGGACGGAACGUGUCAGGCGGUCGGAUGCGACAUGAUGCUCGGAUCGAACGCAAAGGAGGACAAAUGUCGAACCUGCCAAGGUGAUGGCAGUGGUUGCAAGACCGUUACCGGACUGCUUGACAUGAACAACCUGCAGGUCGGGUACAACGAUCUGCUGUUGAUCCCAACCGGAGCCACCAACGUUGUCAUCAACGAGCGAGGCCCCUCAAACAACUACCUAGCGAUCCGAAACCUCACCGGAUUCUACCACCUGAACGGCAACUACCGAAUCGACUUCCCGAGAGCCAUCCACUUUGCCGGCUGUGACUGGCACUACGAACGACGACCGCAAGGAUUCGCCGCUCCAGACAGGCUAACAUGUCUGGGACCAACCACCGAGUCCGUCUACCUUGUACUGCUGUCACAAGACCGCAACGUUGGCGUCAACUACGAAUACAGCGUGGCGUCCAAAACUGCUCCCGUUGACGAACCGGACACGUACUCGUGGACGUACACCGCGUACGAGCCAUGCUCGGCAAGCUGCGGCGGAGGAACUCAGUCCCGCAACGUAACCUGCAACAGUCGAUCAACGCUGAAGCAGGUCGAGCCCGGCCUGUGCGACGCAGCUGCCAAACCUGCCGAGACACAACGGUGCGGUCAGGAAGCUUGCCCACCGCGAUGGGUCGAAGGCGAAUGGGGCAACUGCUCGCUACCGUGCGGUGAAGAAGGCAAACAAACCCGGGACGUGCACUGCGAACGAGUGGGCGCCGAUGGUGCGGCGGAGACCGUUGAAGACGAUGUUUGCCUGGAGCAGGUCGGCAACAAGCCAGCUACGGAGCGUGAGUGCAACCGAGGCACCAUCUGUCCCGAGUGGUUCAUCAGCAAGUGGUCUCCGUGCAACAAACUGUGCGGCGAAGGCGAACAGACGCGUAAGGUGACCUGUUUCCGCAAGGAGAACGGUCGCAUCACCGUACUGGACGACAGCGAGUGCGUCACCGAGAAGCCCGAAGUCAAGCAGACCUGUAUGCUGCGACCGUGCGAAGGAGUCGACUACAUCACCUCCUCGUGGAGUGGGUGCGAAGAGUGCGGAACGGCCAUCGAGACGCGGACGGUGUACUGUGCCUCCAAGUCGGGAACGGUGUACGACAACAAGUUCUGCGAGAACCGCGAGCUGCCCGAGUUGAAGCGCGAGUGCAAGUCGACACCGUGCGAGUACCAGUGGUUCACGUCGCAGUGGAGCAAGUGUGCGGCCGUCUGUGGCAAAGGCGUCCAGACACGGACCGUUGUGUGCGGAGUGUUUGACGGACAGUCGCUGAAGCGGGCCGAUGACGACUACAAGUGUGACGCGGCACUGAGGCCGGAAGCGGAGCGGGAAUGCGAAGGACCCGCGGAAUGUCCUGGGCAGUGGUUCACGGGACCGUGGACGGAAUGUUCGAAGGAAUGCGGUGGAGGUCUCCAAUCCAGAAAGGUGCUAUGCAUCGCCAACGGCACAGUGGUAGCUGAAACAAACUGCAAGGUGGAUACCAUCGAACUAAGUACGGAAUCCUGCAACAAACACGAUUGUACCGAGGAUGAGAUCAUUCCGGUGGAUGUCACAAGCAAACCGCUGGAGGAGGACGAUUACGACGAUGAAGAGUGGUGCGAAGAUGAAGACGAGGAAGCUACCGAGUCUCCGGAUGGAGUGCUGAUGGUAACAGACGAUUCAACUCUUGUCGAAGGCAUUGACAUGGAAUCAUCUCAAGGUACAACCGAGUCGUCGCUGGAAACAGAUGAAAUGAUGCUAAGCGAUGCAACUGGUUUCGAGACGGGAGCCACCGAUGUCGAUACGUCAACUGAUGUUUCUACUGUUGAAGGAUCUGGCAUGGAUAUCGACAUUCGAGUUGAUGAUUUGGAAGGAUCUGGCGACGAUGCAUCGACCAUUGCCGAUUCGUCUUCAUCGUCUGUGGAGGUAUUUUCGACUGAUGCUGAUUCCACUGGAUCUACUCCAGAUGCUUUGUCGUCUAUUAAAGAAACAGAAUCUUCAGCUUCGUCUAGCGACAGUACAGAUGCGUCCAGCGCUGAAGGGUCGUCUACCCAAUCAGCUACGGAAUCAUCCGCUUUAUCUUCGGAAUCUUCGAUAUCAGCUGAAGCUACAACAGAAGCCAGUAGUUCCGUUGAAUCCAGUUCCAGCCCGUUGGAUGCUAGCUCAGAUAGUUCUUCUACAGAUGCUACCUCCGAGAGCUCAUCUUCAGACGUAACAUCGGAGAGUUCAACGUCAGACGCCACUACAGAAAGCUCCACUUCCGAAUCUACCGAUGCCAGCUCAACGACGGAUGCUUCUUCGCUAUCUGAUACAUCUGAAAGCUCUUCAACCUCGGCCAGCUCGGAGGCAUCCACUGAUGGAAGCUCUACCGAUGCUUCCUCAGCAGAUGAGAUAACGGAAUCAUCGACAGAUGUUUCGGACUCGUCGUCAGACUCCAGUUCUCUCGACGUGUCCACCGAGUCUGCAAGUGAAAGCUCGACUGUUGACGCUGAAUCGAGUUCCGAUGCUUCGACUGAUGCUACAGACACUUCGGAUGUUACCGAAAGCUCUGAUGCUACUUCCGAGUCUUCUGGUACCGAUGCCACGGAAGAGACGCAGUCCACUGGACCAACGGAAUCGACGGUUGCCGAGGAAACCGUUUCUACGGUUGAGUCUUCGAGCACUGAAGCCGUUUCAACUGAGUCCUCCGUCAGCGAUGCUUCCGAAUCGUCAACGGAAAGUGUCACUGGAGCUAGUGACAUGUCAACCGAAUCAUCGACCGACGUGGAAAGCAGUACGUUCGAUAUUUGGCAGCGAGGAGGAGACGACGACGAAAGCUCCAGCACUCCAUACACUCUUACGUCGAUCAUUGCGAAGGAACAGAAACCAAGCAAGUGCAAACCAAGGCCGAAGGCACCUCCAAAGUGUGCUUCUUCCAAGUUCGGAUGCUGUCCGGACGGAAAGACCAAGGCGAGUGGACCGUUCGACGAGGGUUGCCCAGUGCCGGAGACGUGCAAGGAAACCAAACAUGGCUGCUGUCCAGAUGGAGUUUCUCCAGCGAAGGGCCCCAAGAACCGAGGAUGUCCCAAAUCGGACUGCGCGGAAUCGUUGUUCGGAUGCUGCCCGGAUAAGUUUACACCAUCGGAAGGCAACGACUUCGAGGGAUGCCCAGUGGAGACCACUACGAUUGGUGGAUGCGUUAUUAGCAAACACGGAUGCUGUCCGGAUGGGGUUACCGAAGCGAAGGGAGCCAACAAUAAGGGUUGUCCAGGAGUUGAGGAAUCGACAGAGGUUAAACCAGAGGAAACGGUCACUGAACCGGGCAAGAAAGCGGAAGAAGCGGGAUGCGACACAUCGGCACAUGGUUGCUGUCCAGAUGGUGUUACGGCAGCUAGCGGACCAAAUGGAGAAGGUUGUGCGGUGUGUUCAAGAGAACCGUUUGGAUGCUGUCCCGAUGGACAGACACCGGCGCAUGGACCUAACCGCGAGGGAUGUUGCCUGGAGACUCCGUACGGAUGCUGUCCGGAUAAUAUCAACCCUGCUCGUGGUCCGGAUUUGGAAGGUUGCGAGUGUGAGUAUUCACCGUACGGAUGCUGUCCGGAUAAUACGACCGCCGCUCGUGGUCACAACAACCAGGGCUGUGGGUGUCAGUAUUCGGAGCAUGGUUGUUGCCCAGACAAGGAGACUGACGCUCCAGGGCCCAACUUUGAGGGAUGUCCGUGCCAUGCGUUCCAGUUUGGAUGCUGUCCGGAUGGUGUCACACCGGCCAAGGGACCGCACAACCAUGGUUGCCAUUGCUCGUACAGUGAGUUCAAGUGUUGCUCGGAUGGACAGACGCCAGCGACGGGUCCGAAUUUUGAGGGUUGCACUUGUGCUUCCAGCAAGUAUGGAUGCUGCCCAGAUGGAGUCAACGAAGCGCAGGGAAGCAAAUUCGAAGGCUGCGAAGUGGUACCCGAGUCUCCCCAGAAGGCUUGCGUGCUCAAGAAGGACAUGGGCACGUGUCACAACUACACCGUCAAGUACUUCUUCGACGUCGAGUACGGAGGCUGUGGACGAUUCUGGUACGGUGGAUGCGGUGGAAACAAGAACCGAUUCGACUCGGCCGAUGAGUGCAAGGAUGUGUGCGAAGCACCGGAAGGAAAGGACAAGUGUCAACUGCCCAAGAUCACCGGACCAUGUACCGGGUACUACCCGAUGUGGUACUACGACACCGAUCGGAACACGUGCUCACAGUUCACGUACGGUGGCUGCCUGGGUAACGCGAACCGGUUCGAAACGCUCGACGAGUGCAAGAGCUCGUGCGUGGUGGAUGAUUCUAUUCCACCAUGUGAUCAACCGAAGGAGAGCGGACCCUGCAACGGAACCUUUGAACGGUGGUACUUUGACAAGGAGCGAGAUACGUGCGAACCGUUCCACUACGGAGGCUGCAAGGGCAACAAGAACAACUAUCCGACGGAGAGUUCCUGCAACUACCACUGCAAGAAACCCGGAGUACACAAGCCGAGCUGUACACUGCCGGUGGAUGAGGGCAGAUGUGACGCGAAGCUGGCCCGUUGGCACUUUGCCCGGGACGGUAACAAGUGCGUACCCUUCUACUACACCGGUUGCGCUGGCAACGAUAACGCGUUUGUCUCGCUGGACGAGUGCGAAGAGCAGUGUCCACCGAAGGUCGAAAAGGACGUCUGCUUCCAACCGGCGGAGAUUGGCGAGUGCCAGAACUACACGGCUCAUUGGUACUUUGACACGAAGGAGUCUCGCUGUCGGCAGUUCUACUACGGAGGAUGCGGCGGAAACGGUAACAACUUUGUCGAUGAAGAGGCCUGUAACCAGCGUUGCGUUCACGGAGGAGAGCCGAAACCCGAGCCACAGGUUCCGGAGCCACAGCCUCAACCAGAGCAGCCGGGUCGCUUCGACAUCCGGUACUGCUUCCUGGAGCCGGACGCUGGUGAUCGGGAGUGCAAGCAGUACGAACGCCGGUACCACUACGACCGAAACUCGGGCACCUGCAUGGACUUUACAUACACUGGAUGCGCAGGAAACGAGAACAACUUCCGCAGCUUCGAAGAGUGUGACCAUGCGUGCGGUCGGGCGGAGGAUGCCUGCAGCUUGCGUCCGGCCUACGGACGUUGCGCGGAGAAUGAAACUCGGUGGUACUACGACGGCCGUAGCCAGCGAUGCCACGAGUUCACCUUCAGCGGAUGCCACGGCAACGCCAACAACUUCAACACCGAGCAGGAGUGCUCCCAGCAGUGUCAAAGCGGAGAACCCGAACCGGCACCAGCUCCGGCUCCAGUGGCUCCUUCGGACGGUGGCGUUUGCGACGAGCCUUACGACUACGGAACGGGCGACUCGCCGGUCAUCGUGUACGUGUUCAACAAGGAACGCGCCUCGUGCGAACAGAACUACUACAGCGGAGAGGGCGGCAACGGGAACCGGUUUGGCUCGCAGGAGGAGUGCGAGCGCCUGUGCGGCGAGUAUCGAGGAGUUGAUGUUUGCGUCGACGCGAGGGAUGCCGGACCAUGUGACGAGACGAUUCCACGCUUCUUCUACGACUCGCGGACGGUUAGCUGUCAUCCGUUCAACUACAGCGGCUGCGAAGGCAACGGAAACCGAUUCGCGACCAUCGAAGAGUGCCAGACCACGUGCGUCAAGCAAGAUGUGUGCAUGCUUUCGCCGCAAGUCGGCAACUGUGUCGACGGAGAGCGGCCGCACUACCGGAAGCGCUGGUACUACGACCCCGAGCGGGAGACUUGUUUUGCGUUUUUGUACAGCGGCUGCACGGCCGGUUCCAACCGGAACAACUUUGUCUCGUACGACGAGUGUCGCGAUUUCUGUGAAGACAUCGAGUGUAAGUCGGCUCUCGACAACGAGGUGGAUCCCUGCGAACGCUACAAUGACGAGUGCCGCCGGCUGCACUGCCCGUACGGGAUGGCCCGAUCGUACAACGCCGACAACUGCGAGCAGUGUUCGUGCGAGGAGCCAUGCGCUCAGCAGCGCUGUCCGUCGGGCACGGAGUGUGCCGUCGAUCUGCAGAGUGAUCCCACCGACGGAGGUACCGUGUUUGUGGCCAUCUGCCGACCAACCUCGAAGCCGGGUGAGUGCCCACGGCUGGUCAACGCUACCGUGUGUCAGGACGCUUGCCGUACCGAUGCCGACUGUCGCAACGAUAACAAGUGCUGCCAGGCUGGCUGUGCUACGGUUUGCGUUCCUCCAGCGGAGCCGCUGACGGAGCGUCCGCCAUACGGAGUGGGUGAACCGGCGCCACCGGUGCUGGAACCAGUGCCCGAAGAGGAACUGGACAUCAAGUCCGAGGAGGGUGGUAUCGCCACGCUGCGGUGCUACGCCACAGGAUUCCCACCGCCAUCGAUCCGGUGGAAGAAGGGUGAAGUUGUGCUCAACACCAACCAGGGUCGCUUCGUGCUGACCUCCAGCGGAGAUCUCCAAAUCGUGCAGCUACAUCGAACUGACAGCGGAACGUACGUGUGCAUCGCCGACAACGGAGUCGGUGAGCCGGUGCUACGCGAAGUGAAACUUCAGGUCAACGACCCCGUUCCGCGGGAUGCUUACAUUGUGGGUGAGAUCAACGCCACCCAGGUGGUGGAACUGAAUCAACCAACGCAGAUCCGGUGCCCAGCCGGAGGAUAUCCCAAACCGAUCGUAACCUGGUGGAGGGAAACGUUUAUGAUGCCGAUCAAACUAAUCAACCGCGACUACUCGCUUACGUUUACGCGCGUCCGGCUCAGUGAUCUGGGACCGUACGUCUGCCAGGCGUACUCCGGCGCUGGCAAGGGUAUCUCCCGGACGGUGACGCUCAAGGCGUACGGACCGGUGCAGCUGGACGACCAAGUGGACGAAAAGUACCUCCGUUACAUCGUCCACGGUCGCCCGGCUCCACCGCCCACGUACCGACCAAGACCACCGCCGGGCGGUUACCCACGGCCGACGCCCCCGGUGUACCAUACUCCGCCUCCACCACCACCGGUACACAGGCCCGACCCAGUGCCUGUUUCCGUUGAGCUGGAACUUCCGUACGGAGCCCAGUUCGCACCGAACAGCAACAUUACGCUGCGCUGCCACGCCGACGGGUACCCGAGACCCACGGUCAACUGGUACAAGGACGGCCGCAUCGUGGAACCGUCCAACCGGAUCUACAUCGAGGAUGACAACACGCUGCACGUGUUUGGAGCGCUGCCAACGGAUGCCGGCGCGUACCGGUGCCUCGCCCGAAACGAACACUCGGACGCGUUCCAGGAGAACACGGUCCGCGUCGAAGGUGUCUACAUCCCGCCCGGCUGCACGGACAAUCCGUUCCUGGCCAAGUGCGCGCUGAUUGUGCAGGCCCGGUUCUGCAACCACAAGUACUACGCGCGGUUCUGCUGCAAGUCGUGCACGCUGGCCGGCCAGUUGCGUCAUUGAUGAACGACCUCCUCCUCCCCACAUUGCAGAUGAAUGGACAAAAUGGUGAACGAAUGUGAGACGGUGUGAGCGUGAGAGUGUGUGUGUGUGUGUUCAGAUUGCAAGUGUGUGAAAUGUCGUCACCUUCUAGAGUAACCUUACAAGAGAAAAUGGCAAAAUUACAAAAUUUCUAGAUAACAGAAAAAAAUCAAAAAAGAUAUUGGACUCAACUUUCCAAAGUUUAUCGCUUUUAGUCAAAUUUCCAAAACCAGAUCGUUUAAGUCUUAGAAAAAAACGUUGUUUGCCGUUCAUGAUGAAGCAAGCUAUUCGCGAUUAGGUCCCGAAAAAGAAAAAAAAAACUAAAACAAACUCAUCGUUUUAAUUGUAUUAACGCUGAAAACCAAAUCCCCAUCAUCUAUCGCGUCACCAACGUUCUUGCGAUUUAGGCUCUACUAGAAUAGUAUAGAACAGCAGCACAAACAGUCAAACUUGAAGCUUUCCAAAAGGUUGCAUUUAGUAUUUUGUGAAAUUGAAUGAAACAAAACCAACUUUCCAUGUCAAACCCGUUAAAUUAAGUGUAGAACGUCGAGGUUUCUUUUCACUUUGUAACUAAAGCACUAAACAGUUAACAAUUUGUUGGACGGGAGAAUUCCCUUUCUCGAAUUUUGAAUGUGUAAAUAUUUGAAACACCUGAGCAAAAAAACCGAAUGGCUCGGCGUUUGCUCCCUGUGGUUAACCUUACUUUAUACACGACUAGCACACGCUGUUCACUGCUAAAUUAACGACAAACUAAUGAAACAAUAAAAUGUAGGUACUAUACAUGAA